AUGUCGGUUUUCAGCGUCGAGGUUGGCAAAAAACCGACCCCGACCGGCCGAUGCUCACCCCUAGUACAAGCUCUGCCACCCCCACAUUUUCAUGCUCCUCAAGGCGAGGCCCAAUUCAUUAAGGAUUUUAAGCAUUACGGACCCCCCACCUUUGACGGAGGAAGUGAGAAAGCGACAGCAUCAGAAGAGUGGGUCAGAGAGUUGGAAGCUUUUUACGUGUACCUAGGUUGCGCGGACCAGUUCAAGGUUAAGGGUGCGGUCUUUAUGUUGAGGGGUGAGGCCCUAAAUUGGUGGGACUCAAUAGCAACGGCGGAAGACCUCGCUAACGUACCGAUCACAGACUGUGAACGAUACGAAAGAAGCAGAGUUUCUCCAUCGCAAUAUGAAAGGAAGUUUACGGAACUCUCCUGUUUUGCUCUGGAAUUCAUUCCCACCGAGGCAGUGAAAAUCAAGAGGUUUUUUAAAGGUUUACGCAAAGGGAUCAGAGCACCAGUGGAUCUUCAGCCACCCGCCUCCUAUGCGGAAGCAGUUAGGGGCGCCUUAAUUAUGGACAAGGAUGUUACUAGCAAGGCCCAACCUCUACUGGAAGUCAGUUCGUCUUCAGGUGUGAAGAGGAAUUAUGCCGACCAGCCAUUUAGAGUACCUCAGUACCAGGCUCAGUAG